GUUCCUCUCAAAUGAUUGAUUACCAUAAUCUCGGGUAUCGCUCACUGAUUUGCAAAGGCCAAGUUGAAAACACACCCUUGCAAUCACAAGGUAAUAUGAUUUCGCAAAUGUGAGGCCCACUGUGUUCACAGCAGUUUGCUUCCAGCAGGGAAAUGAGAAUCAGGUUGUGCUGACAGGCUCCGAAAACCAUCUUAAGAAAACAUUAAUUUUUAACAGAGUUUUAAAAAAAGAAAUCUUCCUUGUCAGGCAUCAGAAGACACACAAAUAACUUUAUGCUGUCACUUCAGUGUUCCUUCAACAUUCAAAAUGACAACGCAGAAGGUGCAAUACUCCAAAGUGAACCGGAAUUUAACAGAGAAAACCAGUACUUCCUAAGCCAGAAUGAAAGAUAUGAAGGUGCUGUCAGGAGGUCUGUGUACCUUGGAAAGAUGAUGUCUAAAAUGGGAUGGGCCCCAGAUGGACCUGAAAGGAACUACUGCUUCAGGGCUCUUGGUGCUGAUUUGGCAUUUUCCGUACACCAGGUCUUCAUGAAGAGCAUUUUGGGGCUGGGCACAGAUGAACAGAUCGCCAAGUGGAUCCGCUUAGCAGAAAGGUUUCACAUCAUAGGAACCUAUGCCCAAACUGAACUGGGACAUGGAACUUAUCUUCGAGGCUUGGAGACAACAGCCACUUUUGAUGUUGCCACUCAGGAAUUCAUCCUCAACACGCCAAACAUCUCUGCCAUGAAGUGGUGGCCCGGAGAUUUGGGGCGAUCAGCAACUCACGCUGUUGUUUUUGCUCAGCUUUACCUAAAAGGAAAAUGCCAUGGCAUACACCCCUUCAUACUGCAGAUCCGCAGCCUCCAAGAUCAUUCUCCAGCACCAGGAAUAACUGUUGGGGAUAUUGGUCCCAAAAUGAGCUUUGAAAAUAUCGACAAUGGCUUUCUUAUGAUGAAGAAUGUUCGGGUUCCAAGGGAAAACAUGCUGGCCAGAUUCUCUCAGGUCCUGCCAGAUGGCCAGUAUGUGACUCGAGGAAGUGAAAAGAUUAACUAUUUGACUAUGAUUGUGAUCCGCGUGGGCAUACUUCGCGGUGAGGUUGUCCUCACUCUGAUGAAGGCGUGCACCAUCGCCAUCCGAUACUCGGUGGUGCGUCGGCAGUCCGAGUUAAAGCCUGGCGACCCAGAGGCGAAGAUUCUGGACUAUCAGACUCAGCAGCAGAAGCUGCUCCCUCAGCUUGCCACCGCCUAUGCCUUCCACUUCGUGUGCGACUACAUGCAGGACGUCUUUAACCAGGGCUACGCAGACACUAAAGAAGGCAAAUUCGACCUGCUUCCAGAGCUCCAUGCUCUCGCUUCAGGCAUUAAAGUGAUCAUGACAGACUACAGCUCAGCUGGAGUGGAGGUGUGUCGGAGAGCCUGUGGGGGACAUGGCUUCUCCCUUCUCAGUGGGCUGCCCUCCUUGUAUACAAGACUGGUUGCCGCUUGCACUUACGAGGGAGAAAACACUGUUCUUCUUCUGCAGACAGCCAGAUUUCUGAUCAAAUGCUACGGGACAGUGCACAGGGGCCACCCUGUUCCUCCAUCAGUUGCCUACUUGUCUUCCAAAGGUUUGGGAAAAUGCCAAGCCCAGGAAAAGGGAGACUUCCUAAAUCCUGAAAUUUACAGUGAUGCCUAUAGGCAGCGAGCAUACAGGACUGUGAGAAAUGCAGCCGCCAAACUUCAGAUGCUGGUUCAAUCAGGAAUUGCACAGCAUGAAGCGUGGAACAAAUGCUCUGUCCAGCUGGCACAGGCCGCAAUGGCUCACAGCCACUACAUUGUGGUUGAAAAAUUUGUCCAAGGACUGGAGAAAUACAAAAAAGAGGCUGCCAUCUACAGGAUCCUUAAGCAGCUCUGCGACCUGUUUGCACUGAAUGGAAUGUUAGCCAACUUGGGAGAUUUUAUGCAGGAUGGGUACCUUUCUACAGAGCACACCGACAUGGUGACUGAAUCAUACCUGGACCUCCUGACUGUCGUUCGAAGGGACGCUGUGCCAUUGGUGGAUGCAUUUGACCUCUCUGAUGCAGAUUUAAACUCAGCCAUCGGAAGCUAUGAUGGCCAGGCCUACCAGCGGCUAUAUGAGUGGGCCAAGAAGUCGCCAACCAAUCAUCAGGUGAGAACAGGGAACCAGGUCUUCGAGAAGUAUUUGAAACCACUUUUCCAGAAUGCUCUAUCAAAGCUGUAAAAAAGAAAGGAUCCAAAGCAGCUCCUUUUCAUGCUGCUCUCAAAGCAACACCGCUAUUUUAUCAGUAAUACAGUCCAUAAAGUGUAAUUGCAGGCUGCAUUUGAGACGUACCAAUCAAAUUGUUCUGUGGAGUUUUUCUGGCAAAUAGAAGGUAGUUAGCUAAUGCCAGCAAGAGGUGGGAGGGCCAAAACCUUUUAUGGUCACCAAAUAGACCAACCGUUAUGUUCCCUCACUGUUCCCAGCAGGACUUGCUAAAACUUUGCAUGCAGUCCAGCUCUCCAGCUGCUGCUGGACCCAUCCACAAGUUCUAUUAUGUCCAGAGUGGCACUCAUACAUGGUCUCCUGGAGCAAGUUUCAUGGUGGCACAAUUGCCAUUGGGGUGCUAGAAAAGGGAUUCACCACAGCAGCACCCAGGGCUGGUUCCAGUUUUGAGGGGUCUUCUCCUCCUCCUCUGCUGGGCCGCCACCACUUUAAUGCCCUGCAGUGUACCAGGACACUGCUGUGCAUUGUUGAGAGCAUUGUAAGAAACCAAAAUGGUGGCUUUUCGACCCAGCGGUCUAAAAGGACAAACAAGAGGGCUGAGCUGCCUGGUUGGAACAGUGAAGCUCUCAACAAGGUUGCUGAGUGCUGAUACUAGGUCAGAUUUUUGACAAUACAUAGCAUCCUAAUGGCUAACGGGUUAUGAUAUAAAUCUCAGAAGGGAUGAAGGAAGCAAUGUAUGUAUUACCAAGACACGCUCAGCAGUUGCCACAAUUUAUUUUCAGUGCUGAAGCAGUGCCUAGAAUUCUAAUACAUCACCAUGUUUUCCUGCAUGGAGAGAGCACUAGUAAAGGGUCUUUUGCACUGGGUUGCCCCUUAAUGCUGCUGGUUUUGGUAUCUUUUGCACAUCUGCCAUCCAAGGCUCUAAUAUGUAAAAAUGGCCAUGCCUUAAAAACUGCCAACUCUUGAAUAUAUAAUUGUACAUUUUUUAAAACUACUUUGUAGCCUUGUUCUCCAUGUUGAUGUGAGUGCCGCAUGCAAAGUAACCGUAGAGGGAAAAGGAGAAUCUGUGACAUAAGAAUAUAAUUCUGGACAUGAGUUCAGCCCUCCUGCUUCUGUUUAAAGCCAUGGCCAUUCUGGCUGGGAAUGAUGGGAAAUGGAGUUCAACACAAAUAGAGGGCACCAGAUUAGGGCAGGUUGGGAUAAAGUAUUGGAGUAGGACUGGAGAGGCUUGGGUGUAAUAUACACUUAGCUGCAAAACUCACUGGGUGAUUCACAGGGCAAUUAUUCUCUGCCAGCUCAAGCUACCUCACAGGGUAGACGCAAGGAUACAGUGCAGCAGGGUGGGUGGGAAGAGGCACAGUGCUGCGAAAUCAGUGAGGAAAGGCAGAAUAAACAUGUAAUGAGGGAAGGCUUAGGCAAGGAGUUACUUGUCUGAGGUCGCCUAAUGAGUUUGUCAGAGAAGUGUAAUGGGAAAUUGGUCUGCUUGCGCUUAAUUGCUAUUCUUUAUCCGUCCACAGAUCACCAUGAUGUAAUUCUAAAAUGUAUCCCUAAAUUAUUUUUUUAAAGAUCCAUCAUGUGAAAUGGUGAGGCUUAAUUUUUAGACUACACUAUCCAUACAUUAAAUAAUUAUAACCCUUGCUAUUAAAAUUACAUUGUGCC